AUGCCGUCACGGCUCCGAGCCGCACCCGGAAUGCGACGAAUCACACGAUCGCCAGCGCGAGCGCGAGCGCGAGCAGCAGCAGCAGCAGCAGCAGCAGCAGCAGGGUCACGAAUGGCCAAAGGAGGGUCGACAGCAACAGCCGCAGCCGCAGCCGCAGCAGCAGUCUAUUUUCGAGGCGCCUCAGGAGCAGCAGAAGCAGCAGCAGCAGCAGCUGGCGCCCUCGGCGCGUGGGACGGAAGGAGGUUCAUCUACAACCUCGACUGCAUUCACAGUACUCACAGCGCCCUUCGCAUCCGUCGCGCGGUUCCUUCGACGCGCUACGUCACGGACGCUCGCAACCAAAACGAGGCCCAAGCUCCCCCGCUCACCCCCUCCCCGCCCACCGCCCAGCCCUCCCCCGCGCCCGCCUCCGCGCCCUCCCCCGCGCCCGCCGCCAAGACCGCCCCCGAGGCCGCCCCCGCGCCCGCCCCCGCGCCUGCCCUCUCCGCCUCCGCCGAAGCCGCCGCGCCCGCCGUCGCCGCCUCCGCCGUCUCCGCCUCCCCCCGUUUCCCAGUCCGCGCUGGACACGCCCUGCGCGACGGUGUGCUGCAGCAGCGCGGCGCAACCGGCGGAGGGGGAGGCGGUGAUGAAGAGCGAAUGGCUGUCCUCCGCCAUGCCCCAUGGCGCACGGGUCCAUAUACGCUCUCUCCCCGUGAGGCACGUGGUGACUUAUGCCGUCUCAAAGCCCUGUUCCGUCCUUCCCCCCUCCAUUUCCUCUUCCUCGUCCGCGCGCCCCGCAGGUCCAGAUUCGCUCGCCCACAUGGGGCACGUGGUGUCUUGAGCCGUUUCAAGGUCCAGAUCCGCUCGCCCACGUGGGGCACGUGGUGGGGCCCGGACAGCAACGGCAGCUGGUCCGGGUUCAUUCUCGCGGGCAACAAGACCCGCCCCUCCGCCUCUGAUUUCUUCCGCGUCGAGCGCGCUCCUGGCCUCGCGCCCAACCAGCUGCGCCUGGUCACUCUCUCAGGGGAGUUCGUCCGUGCAGGGUCCACCACCUACGGAGUCAUGGACACCACUCCUUCGCGCUCUGACCCUUCCACCAUAUUCUCAAUCGAGCCACGCGGCAGCUUCAGACUCCGCCUGGUCACCCUCUCAGGGGAGUUCGUCCGCGCAGGCCCCCCCAAUCCCCCUGGUCCACCACCUAUGGCGUCAUGGAUCACGGGCACAGAGCCCAGUCGCACCAACACGUACAGAUCCAUCACGAGCACAGAGGCCAGCCGCACCAACACGUACAACAACUUCCGGGCCCUUCUCAAUGAUGAUGGUACAGUGCGGGUGCUAGUGGAAGGCCUGCACUACUGGUCCAUAGCAGACAACGGAACACUGGUGGCUACAUCCAUGGAUCCACAACCCAAUGGCUGGAGCAAUUUCACGUUCGUGUUCAACCCUACCAGCAGCUACUCUCUCGCGCUCAUCCUCGCCCCCAACGGCAAAUACCUCCUGCCGUCCUCCUCCGGCCUCCUCAUCGCCGCCUUGGACCCUCAACUGCUGCCCUCGGCCUCUCGCUGGGAGUCCGCAGCCGUGUUUAAAGUCGAGCUGGUGAGACAACAGUGUGGGUGUGGGGGGUGGGGGGGAAAAGCUGGAGGGAAAGGGGAGUGUGAGGGGGACCUCCGGCCUCCUGAUCGCCGCCCUGGACCCUCAACUGCUGCCUUCGGCCUCUCGCUGGGAGUCUGCAGCCGUGUUUAA